AUGUACGGCGCGAGCGGAGGCCGUGCCAAAACGGAGAGGAAAAGCGGCGCGAAGGAGGAGGCCGGACCCGGAGGUGCCGGCGGUGGGGGGAACCGAGUGGAGCUGCUGGUCUUCGGCUAUGCCUGCAAGCUGUUCCGGGAUGAUGAGAGGGCCCUGGCCCAGGAACAGGGACAGCACCUCAUCCCCUGGAUGGGGGACCACAAGAUCCUCAUCGACAGAUACGAUGGGCGCGGUCACCUGCAUGACCUUUCUGAGUACGAUGCUGAGUACUCCACGUGGAACCGUGACUACCAGCUCUCUGAAGAGGAGGCACGAAUAGAUGCCGUGUGUGAUGAGGAGAGGUAUUUAGCCUUGCAUACGGACUUGCUUGAGGCGGAGGCGAGGCAAGAGGAAGAAUACAAGCGGUUGAGUGAGGCACUGGCCGAGGACGGGAGCUACAACGCAGUGGGGUUCACUUACGGCAGUGAUUACUACGACCCGUCGGAACCCACAGAGGAGGAGGAGCCUUCCAAACAGAGAGAAAAAAACGAGGCUGAAAACAUAGAGGAAAACGAGGAGCCUUUCGUCGCCCCCGUGGGGUUGAAUGUGCCGCCUGACGUGGAGCUGCCACCAACAGCCAAAAUGCAUGCUAUCAUCGAGCGCACAGCCAAUUUUGUGUGCAAACAGGGAGCACAAUUUGAGAUAAUGCUGAAAGCCAAGCAGGCCCGGAACUCUCAGUUUGACUUUCUACGCUUUGAUCACUACCUCAACCCCUACUACAAAUUCAUCCAGAAAGCCAUGAAAGAGGGGCGCUACACAGUGCUGGCAGAAAACAGAAACGAGGAGAAAAAGAAGUCGGGGGUCAGCUCUGACAACGACGAUGACGAUGAUGAGGAAGACGGGAGUUACUUGCACCCGUCUCUCUUUGCUUCCAAGAAGUGUAACCGCCUGGAGGAGCUGAUGAAGCCCUUGAAGGUGGUGGACCCGGAUCACCCCCUUGCCGCGCUGGUCCGUAAAGCCCAGGCCGACGGUCCCGCCCCCGCGCCCCCCACGGCAGACGGCGCCGCGCAGCCCUCCCAGGUGGAGUACGCCGCUGACUGCAGUGGCAUGUGUGUAUUACACCAGCUACUACACAUGCCUGCCUUUCCUACUGCCCUGACCUCCCCCCCGCCGAGAGAGGAAUGCGACGUGACCACCUACUUUCCUGACCCUGCCCAUGAUGUGUACGUGCCCAGCUCAGCAGGAGUGACGGCCCUUGACCCAGGACCAGCCCCACCCCCCCCAACCACAGCAGAGUCGAGCAGCGGGGUGACCUCCACCAUCACCACAAGUGCACUUGCUCCCGUGGCGGCCAUCAUCCCCCCGCCCCCCGACAUUCAGCCUGUGAUCGACAAGCUGGCGGAGUACGUGGCUCGGAACGGCCUUAAGUUCGAGACCAGCGUUCGUGCUAAGAAUGACCAAAGGUUUGAGUUCCUGCAGCCCUGGCACCAGUAUAACGCCUAUUACGAGUUCAAGAAGCAGUUCUUCCUCCAGAAGGAAGGGGGCGACAGUGCACAGGCUGUGUCAGCACCAGAAGAGGCCCCGGCAGAAUCUGCCCCUGAAAAGCCAAGUGACGCUGGGGAGGACGGUGUGUGCGAAGACUCGGCCGACGCAGGAGGAAGAGGAGGCCCCGGGGGGAAGAAGGAGGCGUCGUCCAGUAAGACGGUCGCAGACGGGAAGCUGGUGAAAGCUUCAUUUGCUCCAAUAAGCUUUGCGAUCAAGGCCAAAGAAAAUGACCUCCUUCCCCUGGAAAAAAACCGUGUUAAGCUAGAUGAUGACAGUGAUGAUGAUGAAGAAGGCAAAGAAGGCCAAGAAAGUUGUAGCGGCACCACAAACACGACCCCGGCAGUCGCCCCGCCCUGUGCGGUUGUUGAGGAGAAGCGGCCCCAGCUAACCCAGGAGGAGCUAGAGGCGAAGCAAGCAAAGCAAAAGCUGGAGGACCGACUGGCGGCCGCUGCCAGGGAGAAGCUGGCCCAGGCGUCCAAGGAAUCGAAGGAGAAGCAGCUUCAAGCGGAACGUAAAAGGAAAGCAGCUUUGUUUUUACAAACCUUAAAAAAUCCCCUGCCAGAAGCAGAAGUCGGAAAAGUUGAGGAAAAUCCUUUCAACGCAGAGGAAUCAGUCCGGAGCCCUCAGGCCUGGCGGGCGGCCUCAGAGCCGGGGUCGGCGAGGAGGGCAGGAGGGGUGGGCUCCUGCAGGCUGUCCUCAGACCGGCCUCGAGUGUGCGGAGGCGAGGGGGUGCCCAGGGGGAUGCCGGGACACGGCCACCUCCGCUCCUCUCCCUGCACCCCCGAGGCGGGCCACCGGGUGUGGGCCCAGGUGCCCCCAGUCCUGGGCUUUGGGGAGCCACGGCCCUGUGGUGACGGGCCCGGGGAGGCCCGGGACGACUUUUUCAUCUUCCCAAACGAAACUGUCCCGUCAACCACUGGCUCCCGGCCCCUGGCGCCCACAUCUCUGCUGUCCGUGUCCAUCAGCCUGGCUGGUCCUGGGGCCCUGUGA